CGGUGUACAGCGUUAGGGACGGAGGAGCGCCAUAUUGCGCCUGGCUGAGGGAAAUUGCAGCUUCCCGAUUCGAACCGACGUUCAUUCAUCAAUACAUCUCCAAACGACUCCGGAAGGUGCAGUGAAGACAGCCGCGCGGAGGACAAGUUUCUACCGUGGAAACUUUCUUUUUCUUUGAAUUCAAGUGCUCCUCUCGCAGAGCCAGGACAAGGACAGAAAAAUGCCCAAAGCGGUCAAUGUUCGGGUCACCACCAUGGAUGCUGAGCUGGAGUUUGCCAUCCAGCCCAGCACCACUGGCAAGCAGCUGUUUGACCAGGUGGUAAAAACCGUCGGAUUACGUGAGGUGUGGUACUUUGGCCUGCAGUAUGUGGACAACAAAGGUUACCAAACUUGGCUAAAACUGGACAAAAAGGUGUCGUCUCAGGACGUGAAGAAGGACAACCCACUACAGUUCAAGUUUCGGGCCAAGUUCUUCCCUGAGGAUGUUGCUGAAGAACUGAUCCAGGACAUCACCCAGAAGCUUUUCUUCCUGCAGGUGAAGGAAAGCAUCCUCUGUGACGAGGUUUAUUGUCCACCAGAGACAGCUGUUCUGCUUGCAUCUUACUCCGUACAAGCUAAGUUUGGAGACUAUAACAAAGAAGUCCAUCGGCCUGGUUACCUGCUAGCUGAACGGCUGCUGCCCCACAGAGUCCUGGAACAGCACAAGUUAUCCAAAGAACAAUGGGAAGAGAGGAUUCAAGUGUGGCACGAGGAGCACUGUGGGAUGUUGAAGGAGGAUGCCAUGUUAGAAUACCUGAAGAUUGCUCAGGACCUGGAAAUGUAUGGAGUCAACUACUUUGACAUUAAGAAUAAGAAGGGAACAGAGCUGUGGCUGGGAGUGGACGCACUGGGACUCAACAUUUAUGAGAAGGAAGACAAAUUGACCCCAAAAAUUGGCUUCCCUUGGAGCGAGAUCAGAAACAUUUCCUUCAACGAUAAGAAGUUCAUCAUCAAACCAAUUGACAAAAAAUCUCCAGACUUCGUGUUUUAUGCACCAAGACUGCGGAUCAACAAACGCAUCCUGCAGCUGUGCAUGGGCAACCAUGAACUGUACAUGCGUCGCCGCAAGCCAGACACAAUCGAGGUGCAGCAGAUGAAAGCCCAGGCCAGAGAGGAGAAGCAACAGAAACAGAUGGAGAGAGCCCAGCUGGACAAUGAGAAGAAAAAGAGAGAAGCCAUCGAGAAAGAGAAGGAGCAGAUGGAGCAGGAGAAGCAGGAUCUGAUGAUGAGGCUCUACCAGUUCGAAGAGAAGACCAAGAAGGCAGAGAAAGAUUUGCAGGACCAACUCCAGAGAGCCAUGAUGCUGGAGCAGGAGAGGAGGCGAGCCGAGGAGGAGGCGGCUCGCCUGGAGGCUGAGCGUCAAGCUGCCCUGCUGGCUAAAGAGGAGCUGGCCCGCCAGGCCGAGAACCAGAAGAAGACUCAGGAACAGCUGGCUGCAGAGCUGGCAGAGCACACAGCCAAGAUAUCUCUGCUGGAGGAGGCCAAGAAACGAAAGGAGGUGGAGGCUGACACAUGGCAGCUUAAGGCCCAAGAGGCUCAGGAUGAUCUGAUCAAGACCAAGGAAGAGCUGCACAUGGUGAUGAUGGCACCUCCACCACCUCCACCUCCCCCCAUGUAUGACCACCUGGAUGACAACAGCGACAGCGAGGAGAACACCAGCACGCACAGCGCCGACCUGCAGAUGGAAGGUAUCAAUGACCACCGCAAUGAGGAGGAUCGCCUGACGGAGGCUGAGAAGAAUGAGCGUGUCCAGAAUCAGCUGAAGGCUCUGACCUCAGAGCUGGCUCAGGCUCGUGAUGAAUCCAAGAACACCCAGAAUGACAUCCUUCACUGUGAGAACAUGCGGGCCGGUCGAGACAAAUACAAGACCCUGCGACAGAUCCGGCAGGGCAACACCAAGCAGAGGAUCGACGAGUUUGAGGCCUUAUAAGACGCCUUUGGCGUACAGCCCCAUACCCUUUCUGAAUAGUCAAUAUGUCUCAGUCCUCUGCUGAGACAUACAAACACGUUCACCCAAAGACAUAUCUAACACACCUCGGUGGCUGACUAGCCUAGUGCAGCUUCAGAAGCACAGAGAUGAACUCCUGGUCUGAGUUUGUCCGGCAGGGUGUAGGGCUUUGCAAACCUUUGAAGAAAACUUGGUGCCAAAACAGUCUCUCCUCCCCUCUUUUCUUAGUGUUUUAAAUCAUUUGAGUUUGAUUGUUUCUUUUUUGAUCAGUUCAAACCAAAUUCAUCUAGUGUUUUAAAGUGAAGGCAUGAUGAAAGUAGAGGGAGUAGCCAGAUUUUAUGAGUAUAUUAUGACAUGUUCGCUUCUCUUUCAUGUCAUUUGCCAUGAAGGAAGAAAAGGGCAGUUUGAUGUUUAUAUGCGACCACUCAGAAAGGGGAAGACAGUAUAAGCAGGAAAAUGUAUGUUUAUUUUCCAUUAUUUUUUAACACUUCCAUUUAUGUUAAAUAUUGCUCUAAAAUAGGUAACAAUCAUGCCUAGUAAGAUAUUUAUACUGUAUAUGGGACAUAAAAGGGGUAUUUCAUCUUGGUUUGUAUAUUUUUGCUAUCUACUAAUGAUAAAAGCAUUUAAUGUUUUAAAGGUUUUAUAUAUUGACCACAAAAAUAAGUCUUAUGUUCCACAUGUUUUUCCUUUAGAUCACUCAAAUAAAGAGGUUUAAUUGUAAAUUAUUAUUUUUUAUUGUAGGAGACAUCCAGCUGCAUGCCCUUAAAAUCAUUUAAGAAGAGUGCUAGCUAUCUCGGUACUUCUGAUUAGCAUUUUUGUCAUGCAGUUCACAGCACACCAAGGAAAGUGUUUAUCUUUAGAGAUGUGCUGACUGACACUUAGAUUUUAAUGUAUUUAAUCUGUCUGUUCUAUGUCAUGUCGCUGUAGAUUGAGAGACGAGCAUGUUAUGUGCUUUCACCCUCCCUAAGUGGCCUUCUCUCUCUGAAGUGGUCAGUCGCUAAGAUGCAUAGUUAGAAAAAUGUUCAAAUCUUUAGGUAGAAUGAGGGUUGAAGUCAGCAUUUGCAAGUUGUUCAAAGUGGACUGACCCAAACGGUGCAGCACCAAUCUCUCACCAUGGAGUAAAGUUGCAUUUACUGACACUGUAAUGGCAACACUGCUAUGCUAGCCUUUGCAUAUGAACAGGAUUUUAUAAUGAGGUGUUCAACAUAUUGGCAAUAAAACAAUCUGAUUUCA